AUGGUGCGUCUGAGGGAAAUCCCAAGGACGGCCACCUUCGCCUGGUCGCCUGGUGCCGCAUCACCAUUGAUCGCCACCGGAACCCGCGCUGGAGCUGUCGAUGCCGACUUCUCAAACAAGACCUGUCUCGAACUCUGGGAUCUGGGUCUCGAUCGCCAGGACGCGAGUGAAGAGCUGCAGCCGCUAGCUAAGAUCGAUACGGAUUCUGGCUUCAACGAUCUCGCCUGGACUACCUCCGAAGACAGCACACGUGGUAUCAUUGCGGGUGGUCUGGAGAAUGGAUCGUUGGAUCUAUGGAACGCCGAUAAGCUACUUGCUGGAUCUAGCGAUGCUUUGAUGUCAAGGACGACCAAGCACAGCGGCGCCAUCAAGGCCCUCCAGUUCAACCCUAAACACUCGAACCUUCUCGCCACCGGUGGUGCGAAAGGAGAGCUGUUCAUUUCAGACCUUAACAAUCUCGAGAAUCCAUUCCGCCUGGGUAACAAUGCUGCCCGCACAGACGAUAUCGACUGCUUGGACUGGAACAAGAAGGUUCCUCACAUUUUGGUUACGGGUAGCAGCGCCGGUUUUGUCACAGUCUGGGAUGUCAAGACCAAGAAGGAAAGUCUGACAUUGAACAACAUGGGCCGCAAGGCUGUCAGCGCAGUUGCAUGGGAUCCCGAGAAGCCCACCAAGCUUAUAACAUCGACACCUCUUGAGUCAGACCCAUAUCUUUACGUGUGGGAUCUGCGCAAUUCCCACGCCCCCGAGCGAACACUCAAGGGCCACGAGUCAGGUGUUCUUUCGCUUUCAUGGUGUGACCAUGACCCCAGUCUUCUUCUUUCUUCUGGUAAGGACAAUCGCAACAUCUGCUGGAACCCGCAGGACGGCACGGCCUACGGAGAGUUCCCCGUUGUCACGAACUGGACUUUCCAGACUCGCUGGAACCCUCACAACCCGAACUUCUUUGCUACCGCCUCGUUCGACGGAAGGAUCUCGGUCCAAACCCUGCAGAACACGAAGACCGACAAUGCUCAGGCUAUCGCCGACCACAACCAAGCUUUGGACGGCGAGGACUUCUUCAACAAGGCCCAAACACAGCCUCAAGUCUCCAAAUUUACUCUUCCCAAGGCCCCUCGCUGGCUCGAACGGCCAUGUGGCGCUACGUUUGGAUUUGGUGGCCGGGUUGUUUCUUUCGGCCGCAGCGAGAAGGACUCUCGUGUGUCCAAGAUUAAGAUCACGCCUUUCGAGGUUGAUGAGAGCGUUGGAAAUGCCACCGAAGCCUUUGAAAAUGCUCUGAAGGAGGGUGAUCUGAAGACACUCUGUGAAACUCGCGCAACAAAUGCCGCCAGCGAGGAAGAAAAGGCAGACUGGAAGGUUAUGCAGGCUUUGAUCUCCGCCAACCCCCGCAAGGAUUUGGUCCAGUACUUGGGCUUCCAGGAUCAGGCUGCUGAUGAGGCUGCUGAUAGCCUCUCAAAGCUUGGUCUGGACAAGAAGGAAACAGCUGAGGCUAACGGAGUUGCCGAAAAGCCAGCUGGAGCUAAGAAGCACAAGCGCCUGCAAUCUAUGUUCGAAGCCAACCCCGAAGAUGACAGCUUCCUGUCUGAAUUGGCUGCUUCCAAGGGUGCCCAGACCAACAACCCCUUCCAGAUCUUCAAUGGAUCUGAGACUGAGGCAGAGCAGCAGAUCACUCGUGCUCUGCUUCUUGGUGAGUUUGAGAAGGCUUUGGAUGUUGCCCUCCGCGAGGACCGUAUGUCUGACGCAUUCAUGAUUGCCAUCUGUGGUGGUCCCAAGUGCAUCGAGAAGGCUCAGGAACACUACUUCUCUAAGCAAGCCGGUGGUCCCAACUAUAUGCGUCUUCUCGCAUCUAUUGUUGGUAAGAACCUCUGGGAUGUUGUUCACAAUGCGGAUUUGUCCAACUGGAAGGAAGUAAUGGCUGCCUUGUGCACAUUUGCCGACGAGAAGGAAUUCCCUGAUCUCUGCGAUGCACUUGGUGACCGCCUUCUGGAGCAAGUUCAGGGUACAGAGGAUAAGAGUGCCCGCAAGGAUGCUUCUUUCUGUUUCUUGGCCGGCUCGAAGCUUGAGAAGGUUGUCUCCAUUUGGGUCGAAGAGCUCCGUGAGAACGAGCAAAAGGGAAUUGAGACCAGUACCAAUGGCUCUGGCUUUUCUAUUCACGUCCGCGCUUUGCAGGGCUUGAUUGAGAAGGUUACUAUCUUCCGUCAAGUCACCAAGUUCCAGGAUACAGAGCGGUCUAAGGACUCCCAGUGGCGCUUGAGUGUAUUAUACGACAAGUACGUCGAAUAUGCCGAUGUUGUCGCUACCCACGGACGUCUGCAAGUCGCUCAGAAGUACCUUGAUCUUGUCCCUGAGAAGCACCCUGAGGCUGAACUAGCCCGCAACCGUAUCAGGUUAGCCACCAGACAGGCACCGCAGAAGGUGCAGGCCGCUGUUGGAGCGAAGCCCGCCUUCAAGCCUCUCCCACAACAGCCCAACAUUUACCAGCCGCAGCAACCCAACCUUGCAUCCCCUGGACCUCAGCCAACGGCCUUCAAGCCUCUCCCGCAACAGGCCAACAUUUACCAGCCGCAGCAGCCCAAUAUUGCAUCCCUUGGAUAUCAGCCAACUCAAGGCAUGAGACCCACAGCCUAUGCUCCUCAAUCUGCAUUCGGUGGACAGCCCGCAGGUGCUGGUGUGCCUCCCCCUCCCCGUGCUUCUAACCAGUCGCCGGCCAACCCUCCCAUCACCACAUAUACCACGGCUACCGGCCUUCCUGCGUGGAAUGAUUUGCCUGAGGGCUUUGCCAAGGCUCCUACACCCCGCCGCUCAACCCCUGCCGCUGCCACUGCACCCAUCGCCUCUCCGUUCCCCAACCAGUCUCCGACUCUGAGCCAAGGACCUCCCUCUGCUGGCCCCCCUCCGGUUGGCGCUCCCCGGGCACCAUCUGUGCCCCCUCCGCCUAAGGUGGGACAAAUGCCUCCCCCGCGUAUGAUGUCGCCGCCUUCAUCCAACAUCCCUGGACCUUCCCCGCCGCCUCCCAACCCAUACGCGAGCCUUCCCCGGUCACCGCCGAUGGGUGCUCCGGGAUCAACCAUGGCUCCUCCGGCAUCAAUUCCUCGCGGACCCUCGCCUUACAAUGCCCCUCCCAGCAUGCCACCACCAACCAACCGGUACGCACCGAGCCCGGCUUCUCAGGCCGCCAGCCCGCAACUCCAAACCCGUGGCCCGGUGCCUCCCCCUCCCCAGGCUGCCUCCUCGCCAUAUGCCCCCCAGGCGGUUUCACAGCCCCCUCCCGUAAACCCAUAUGCGCCUAGCACGCCUAUCGCCACCCAGCCUCCUCCUAUGGCACAGGCAGUCGCUCCGCCACCCCAGGUAUCUCGGCCUAUGCCGGCCCAGCCGCAACAUGUGGCACCCCCGGCUCCCAAAUACCCCGCCGGUGACCGUUCCCAUAUCCCCGCCAACGCACAGCCUAUCUUCGAUAUCCUGUCAGCAGAUAUGGCGCGUGUCAAGUCCCGAGCUCCCGCGGCAUUCAAGGUCCAGGUCGACGAUGCUGAGCGUCGCUUGAACAUCCUCUUUGACCACCUGAAUAACGAGGACCUGCUCAAGCCUAACACCAUUGAGGAUAUGAAGAACCUGGCUGGCGCAAUCCAGGCUCGUGAUUACGCCGCUGCUCAGUCUAUCCAGGUGGCUAUCGUUACUAACCGGAAUGACGAGUGUGGCAAUUGGAUGGUCGGUGUGAAGCGUCUGAUUAGCAUGAGCAAGGCCACCCCUGGCGAAUAA